UUUUGAAGUGGAAGGCAGGCAGGUGUUGGGGAGGCAGUUACCGGGGCAACGGGAACAGGGCGUUUCGGAGGUGGUUGCCAUGGGGACCUGGAUGCUGACGAAGGCUCGCGAGGCUGUGAGCAGCCACAGUGCCCUGCUCAGAAGCCCCAAGCUCGUCAGUCAAGCCGCUUCUCCAUUCGCACUCAGGAGCACGGGCAGGCGAGUGGCCCCUAGUUCUGGGAGCAGAGCAGCAGCGUCCCAGUCCUAGUUCCCAGCCUGAAGCCUCACUUGCCUGCCCAGUGCCAGGAUGGCCACCAUCACCUGCACCCGAUUCACAGAAGAGUACCAGCUCUUUGAGGAACUAGGAAAGGGAGCUUUCUCCGUGGUGCGCAGGUGUGUGAAGGUGCUGGCUGGCCAGGAGUAUGCUGCCAAGAUCAUCAACACCAAGAAGCUCUCAGCCCGAGAUCACCAGAAGCUGGAGCGUGAGGCCCGCAUCUGCCGUUUGUUGAAGCACCCCAAUAUCGUCCGGCUCCAUGACAGCAUCUCUGAGGAGGGACAUCACUACCUUAUCUUCGAUCUGGUCACUGGUGGGGAGCUGUUUGAAGACAUCGUGGCCCGGGAGUAUUACAGCGAGGCCGAUGCCAGUCACUGCAUCCAGCAGAUCCUGGAGGCUGUGCUGCAUUGUCACCAGAUGGGAGUAGUGCACCGAGACUUGAAGCCUGAGAACCUGUUGCUGGCCUCGAAGCUCAAGGGUGCUGCAGUGAAGCUGGCGGACUUUGGCCUGGCCAUAGAGGUUGAAGGGGAGCAGCAGGCAUGGUUUGGGUUCGCAGGGACACCUGGAUACCUCUCCCCAGAAGUGCUGCGGAAGGACCCGUACGGGAAGCCCGUGGACCUGUGGGCCUGCGGUGAGUCCAUCCAAAGGCCUGAUUGUCACCCGGACCCAGAGGUCCCUCUCCACUUCCCCUCACUCUCCUGUCUCACCACCCCUGUCCUGCUCCUCUCCCCAGGGGUCAUCCUGUACAUCUUGCUGGUUGGGUACCCCCCAUUCUGGGACGAGGACCAGCACCGCCUGUACCAGCAGAUCAAGGCUGGCGCCUAUGAUUUCCCAUCGCCAGAAUGGGACACCGUCACCCCCGAAGCCAAGGAUCUCAUCAAUAAGAUGCUGACCAUCAACCCAUCCAAACGCAUCACAGCCGCUGAGGCUCUCAAGCACCCCUGGAUCUCGCACCGCUCCACUGUGGCCUCCUGCAUGCACAGACAGGAGACCGUGGACUGCCUGAAGAAGUUCAAUGCCAGAAGGAAACUGAAGGGAGCCAUCCUCACCACUAUGCUGGCCACCAGGAACUUCUCCGGAGGGAAGAGCGGAGGAAACAAGAAGAACGAUGGUGUGAAGAAAAGAAAGUCCAGUUCCAGCGUUCAGUUAAUGGAAUCUUCCGAGAGCACCAAUACCACCAUCGAGGAUGAAGACACCAAAGUGCGCAAGCAGGAAAUUAUAAAAGUGACAGAACAGCUGAUUGAAGCCAUAAGCAAUGGAGAUUUUGAGUCCUACACGAAAAUGUGUGAUCCCGGAAUGACAGCCUUUGAACCUGAGGCCCUGGGGAACCUGGUCGAGGGCCUGGACUUUCAUCGAUUCUAUUUUGAAAACCUGUGGUCCCGGAACAGCAAACCCGUGCACACCACCAUCCUGAACCCCCACAUCCACCUGAUGGGCGACGAGUCAGCGUGCAUCGCCUACAUCCGCAUCACGCAGUACCUGGAUGCGGGUGGCAUCCCCCGCACAGCCCAGUCAGAGGAGACCCGUGUCUGGCACCGCAGGGAUGGCAAAUGGCAGAUUGUCCACUUCCACAGAUCGGGGGCACCCUCCGUCCUGCCCCAUUGAAGGACCGGGCCGGGGUCCCUGCGUUGUCGCACCGCAGAGAUCCACUCUUUGUCCGUGGAAUGUGGCUGCUGGCUCUCUCUUGGAUUUUGUUGGAAUUCUCCCUGUCACAGCGCCCCCCCCCCCGCUGCCAUUGUCACCUCUGUACUGGCAUCAUGAAAAAAGCCAUGGCAACAUCAAAGCUCUCACCCACACCCUCUUCUUGCCAGUGGGGACCUUCUUCAGGCUUCGGUACCCAGGAUGCGGGCCCCAGGAACCCCCACUCCCCAACUACUGUUGUUGGCCUGGCCUAGCUUUGACUGUAGGUGAGGAAGCCCCAGCUGUGUUUACCAGGAAGCCAGGAAGAGGAGGGCAAGUGUGACACGGAUCCCCCUCUUCGAUCUCUCCUCUUCUGGGGUCCCCAGGGAAGCAGAGAUGAGCCCCCUCAAUCUCCAAGCCAACUGUUUCUGGGAGAGAGUAAGAGAGGAGCCACUGCCAGGAGCUCCUGCCUUCAACUGCCGCUCUCAUCUGCUUCCCUCCUAUGCUGGCCCUGUGCUCAUCAGACCGUCCACUAUGGGGAAGGGGGUGGGCUCUACCCUUCAGGCACCCCACUCGCUGCCUCAGUCCUUCUGCAAAGUUUGCCUCCAGUGUUAACCUGCCCAAUCUGCCCUCCAACGUCCAUGGAGAAUUCCAGCCUCUUCCGUCUGAGAGGAGAUCGGAUGGUGUUUCAGGGGCAAAGCAAACAACACUUAGGUAUCAUCUUCUACUUGGACGCAUGCCUUUUUACAGCCAAACUUCUGUGUAUUUCGUAACUGGAUUUUGCGUUAACGGAUAUGUAUGUGUAACUAGACUUCAAAAAAAAAAAAAAAAAAAAAAAAAAAAAAAAAAAGAAGAGUUGGAUCGGGUCGGGAAGUGGGAAGAGGGGUGAGGGGAAUUUUUCACUCCGUUCCAGGUUUUUUUUUUUGGGGGGGGUCCUUUCUGAGGUGCCCUCACCCCCCAGGGAGCACAGCUGCCUUCCAUUCUGGUCCCCACGGUCAGCUGACAGGAUUUCUUCCAGGGCCAGCAUGACUAAUAUACAAUGAGUAAGUCAGGGCCGGGGAGGCCACCAGGAUGAGAAGCUCCAGAUUUGACAUCUCUGUGACUAGAGUCCUCACUACUGGACUUCCCAAGACUUCUUUCCCUAGAUCUUUGUGCCACCUCCCUAUCCCACCCCCCACUACCUCCUGAGCACGUAUCCUCAUUGCUUCUCUUAACUUGGACAAAACAGAGCACCAGAAACUUAGUUUCCUACUUCAUGCUGAACUUGGGCUGGCAAGCGCUGUAGUGCGCUUGCCUGCCUGCCCUCCCCUACCGUACCCUCCCUCUUUUUUCUCUCUCCCUCCCUUUCUCUUUCUCUUCCUCUCUCUCCCUCUUCUUGGCUCUGAUCUGGAAUGCUGUGUCUCAUCCACGGGGAUCGCCUGUCUGCACUGUUUUCUUUGCAUGACUUUAUAUGCAGUAAGUAUGUUGAAAAAAAAAACAAAAAAAAGAAAACACUCAGCAAAAAUCAAACGACAUGUUUUGGACAAAAUAAUAAUACUAAUAACAUUCGAGGUUGUAUUCUCAGUGUCCAACUUGGGAUUACGUUGCUGCCUCUCUGUGCUUUUGGUCUCUGUGUGGCUGUGUUUUGCCAGCAUGAGACACUGUGCCCUCUGGAGGAUCCUAGGGGAGGAAGAGCCAUGUGCCCAGGGGUUUGGAGAUGACACUGAUUCUCUCGGCUUCUCUGAGGGUUGGUUGGAGCAAAAGUGGAAGGGAUGUUUAAUCCAGAACUUUCUGGUGUUCCCCCUUCCCCCGUGUAAUGAGCUAUGUGCUGGGCUCUUCUCUCAAGUCCUGCUGCCCAGGGACAAGUACAGGGCAGGAGAGUGGCUCUAUUGUGUAAGCCACCCCAUGGUAGUCCUCUACCCUUGGUGGAGACACUACUGCCUAGGCCCAAGGAUGGGCCCUGGCCCUGCCCCAGAACCAGGCUUCCUUAUAAGGCCCAGUGAACCCAUUGUUCCUAGCCAUCCUCAGGCAAAGGUAAAGGAGGGUGUGGCCUUUACCAGGGGAUGCUGUAAUUACCAAUCAAGAUCAAAUCCCUUAUUCAAGCCUCAGUUUCUCUAUCAGUGUUCCUACCCAGAAUGAUGGAGGGUCAAACAAAUAGUGACAUGUCUACGCCACCCCACUUCUGAGAACCUGUUGGGUUUGUCACUGGCUGGCCUUCUUAUGUGCCAAGCCUGGCCAGUCCCUAUCCUUCUCCCUGCCUGCCCCUCAUUUUCCUCUUUGGUGCCUGUCUGUUGCUUGCCAGCAAUGGACUGCAGGGAAAAGAAGUGCUUGGGGACUUUGGUGUCUUUUAUUCCAGGCUCUGAUUAGACCUGCUUUGGGUGAGCCCUUGCCCCUCGUGGGGCCUCGGUUUCCCCAACCAGAAGACACCUAUGCCCUGCCUUCUGUUGGCUAACAUGCCCCAUGCCCACUGUGCCUCUCCACAUGUGGAAGAAUGGAGGCAGAUCCCUACCCCAGUCUGAGAUGGCCCGCUCUGCGGAGGCUGCUCCUGUGGGUGGGCAGCCAACUAGUAUAGACCUUGGGACACUACAGUGACCCCAAGGUGGCAGGAGAACUGGCAGAAAAAAACUGCCCAGAGCCCACUCUCACCAGACAAGCUCCAUGAUCCUCCCAAAUACCCUCUAGAUGAAAAAAGGAAGGAAGGAAGGAAGGAAGGAAGAAGAAAGGAAGGGAAGGAAGGAAGGAAGGAAAGGAAGGAAGGAAAAGGAAAGGAAAGGAAGGAAGGAAGGAAGGCCAAAUCAAAACUCAGCCUCUCAUCAGGUUUAUAGGAAAAGCAUCUCCAGCCUUAUGCGCCAUAGCUCAAAUCCUGCCCCAUGGCUUCCUGGCCCCCUUCAAAGGGCUCGGGGGAGUAUGUUUGCUAGGCUCCCAUGCUGGUUUCUUUGUUACUAUCUGUUUGGGGUUUUGUUUCGGUUCUCUCUUUCUUUUUUAACUAUGUGGCUGUGAACUUGAAUGACCACUGCUCAAACUUUCUGCUACUGGGGGUGAGGGUGGGGGUGGGGGGAGGGGAGAAGAGGUGUCUGUUUUAUUCUUGGUGUUUUCAGUGCAAUAAAUAGCUACAAAUUUA